CUCCCCUACCCUUUUCUUGGCUCAUUUUCCUAAAUGGGUUCUUGCAAACAAGAAGAUAGAAGAGAUCAUGAUGAAUUAAACUGCCUGUUUGUUCACGGCCCUAUCAUUGUAGGCGCAGGCCCCUCGGGCCUUGCUGUCGCCGCCUGCCUUCAACAACAUGGCGUUUCUUCUCUAAUCCUUGAAAGAAGCGAUUGCAUAGCUUCUUUAUGGCAGCAAAGAACCUACGAUCGGCUCAAACUCCAUCUCCCUAAACAAUUUUGCCAACUCCCUUUACUCAAUUUCCCUCAUUACUUCCCCAAAUACCCCACCAAACGUCAGUUCAUUUCCUACAUGGACUCUUACGCCAAACACUUCUCAAUUCACCCCAAAUUCAAACAGUCCGUUUCAAGAGCUGAGUUUGAUGCAGUCGCCGCCCUCUGGACCGUCCAAACUCAAGAUUCCCACUACUUCUCCAGAUGGUUGAUAGUUGCCACCGGCGAAAAUGCCGAGCCCGUCAUACCCGAAAUUCAAGGGAUUGACAGGUUUCGAGGGCCCGUCUUGCAUACCAGCGUCUACAAGUCGGGCUCAGAGUUUGAAAAGCGAAGGGUUUUGGUUGUGGGGUGUGGGAAUUCCGGUAUGGAAGUUAGUUUAGACCUGUGCAGGCAUAAUGCAAGCCCCCACAUGGUCGUCAGAAACUCUGUUCAUAUUCUACCAAGGGAAAUGUUUGGGGUUUCGACAUUUUCCAUAGCCAUGUUGCUCAUCAAAUGGCUGCCUUUACGACUAGUCGACAAGUUCCUCCUCCUGGUGGCCAACUUAACCUUAGGCAACACCGACAAACUCGGCCUCCGCCGCCCCAAAACCGGCCCUAUCGAGCUCAAGAACGCCACCGGGAAAACCCCAGUGCUCGACGUCGGAGCUCUCUCACAAAUCAAAGCUGGAAAAAUUAAGGUGGUGGAAGGAGUGAAGGAAAUAACAAAAAACGGGGCGAAAUUCGUAGACGGCCAAGAGCGAGAAUUUGACUCCAUAAUUCUUGCAACGGGGUACAAGAGCAAUGUGCCUACUUGGCUCAAGGGUACCGAUUUCUUCACACAAGAUGGGAUGCCUAAGCCAGCUUUCCCUAAUGGCUGGAAGGGAGAGAAUGGUCUGUAUGCGGUGGGGUUCACGAGAAGAGGCCUCCUUGGGACAUCAUCGGACGCACGGAAUAUCGCCAGAGACAUUGCUGAUCAAUGGAGGAUCAUCAACAAAGAUAUCCGGAAAAAGAAAGAUCAAUAGUGAAGAUAAGUGAUUAGUGAAAAAGUGCUGGGGAAAAAUAGCAAGAGACAGAAAAUUUUGGGGGGCAAAAAGUGAAAAAGUUUUUAGGCUUAUGCCACCAUUAUGCUAGCAAGUUUUCCCUUUUUUUUUUUUUUCUUUUCUUUUCUUCCUUUUUUGUAAAUCAAUUAAUGAGAUUUGUAUGAUGGGGGCUGGUCUACGGGUUGGUUCAUGGUGUAUAAUAGAAUUAAUGUUUAAUAUAAUAUAUGUUAGUAUUUG